AUGUCCUGUGACUUCGUGUCCACAAAUGGCAGCGAUGAGGCUGUUCUUGCUGCAUUGGCUUGUAUCAAUGGCUCAAGUGCUUGCGUCGUGUUGUUGCCGCUUCAGAAAAAGUGCUCUGCACCGUUCGGCAAGGACAACCCGUGCCGGUCGUGCCGAAAGAACGGGGUUGAUUGCGUCUUCUCUGACCGGCAGAACCCGGGGCCCAAGGCAAAAGGGGCAACAGGAGUGCCAAGCUUACCGGGAGAGAUAUCCGUCACCCAGGGCGGAAGCGCGGGUAGGACCGUCAAAGAAUCUGCGAGGGCAGCGUCGGGGCGCGCACGGCCGGCGAGCCGUCUAACGCGAUCGUGUCGCCACCAUGCACGGCCCGCCUCUCGCGUGACCAACUGCUUGCCCACCAGGCGACUGGCGGUCGAUGCCAAUAGCUCCGAUGCCGCACAGACGUCGGUCGCUGGGGCGACGGCCAACAACAGCGAUCGCCAGAAGGAACUGCGGGUGGAGAUGCACGCCAUCGGUGAUAGCUUGAACGCCAGGUGGGUCAAUUUCAAAGGAGAGUCGUGGAGGGUCACGGACGACUUGCGGUAG